AGCAAUGAGUAACUGCUGCACCUCACUAGUCUACUUCAUAAGAAGCAGUGUUGGGAGUUGCUCAACUAUUCCUCACCAAUGGCAGCUGGUUUUGGAUCACCUGUAAACACUAUUACCUGCCGCAAACCAUGCUGCAAAUUCUUGAGAAGUUAAGCUCCAAUGAUUCACCAAUUAAUGAAAUUCUCUCAUGCUCUGCGCCAAAACACAUUCUUAUUCCAAAAUGGGAAGAGGCCUGGUACUGUAGCUGCAAGCAAGUGAUUGAAGGUAGCAGUGGUGAUUUUUCUGCUGAACCAAUACAGAAUCAGCUUAAGCUUUUGCAACACUCAAUAGCUUCAAAACUCAUAUCCGCAACAGAAAUGGAACGCACCAGACUGCAGUGAUACUUCAGAACUGAAGAAUCUGAAGGCAUAUCUAAACAAGCUAAAAGUUGCACUAAAGUGGUUGGAGCUAUCCUAGUGAUCUGUUGGAGGAUCUGGUUCCUGCCAAGACAUUCUAUUCGGCUGCAGCUUUCACAAUGGAGCCGGACGGAGGCCUGAUUGCGUGCGAAGAGCCGCCGCCACCUCUAGAGCCGAUGGACCUGCUGUCAAGUGCGUGGUGCAGUUCGGCGAUCCAAGUUCUUCAGACGGGGCCUAAGGAGGAUUGCUCGCUGGCGCUGGUGGAGCACCCGGUCAUGGCACUUGACAAUGAUCGGAGAGACCUGUCGGAGUUGCAGAAGAGUGAUCGUAGCUUGGUCGUCGACAGCAGCGGUUUCGGUGCACCGCAGACGCAAUGGAAAUACGAUGAUCUAAAGUCUUGGAUAUGGCUUCAGAAGGCGAUUCACCCAGAGCUGGACUAUGACCAGAAGAAGAAAUGGCUCCCGCGCAAGAUGGCGGCGCCAUGGAGCGGCAUCUCGCUCAAGAAGUGGGUCAAGGAGCGGAAGCAGAAGCGCAAGGAGGAGGCGCGACUGCACAAGGCCGAGGUCCACGCCGCGGUGUCCGUCGCGAGCGUCGCGGCCGUACUCGCCGCCAUCGCCGCCGAGAGGGGCUCCGCGCCGGCGUCCAUGAGGGAGACGUCGGUGGCGUCGGCCGCCGCGCUCGUGGCCGCGCAGUGCGCCAGGGUGGCCGAGGCCGCGGGUGCCACGCGCGACCAGGUCGCCGCGGCCGUCGGCGCCGCCGUGGCCGCCACGGAUGCCAGCAACGUCAUCACGCUCACCGCCGCCGCCGCCACCUCACUGCGGGGCGCGGCGGCGCUGAGGGGGAGGCGAGGAGGCAGCGGCGGGCAUGGGCAGAACGAGAGGGCGGACCAGGCGGCGCCGUGGCAGGACGACCUGGACUUCGACUUCAACUACGCGAGGUCCAAGGCGGCGCUGGCCAAGGGCGACGAGAUGUUCGUGGCCAUGCCGGACGGGAAGUGGAAGCUGCACACGGUGUCCGCCGCCUCGAACAAGGACGGCAAGGUGGUGCUGCGGAUCAAGAAGAUGAACCUGGUCAUGGCUUUCUCCAACGCCAAAGAAAGCGUGGUCAAUGACAUGAGCCCGUGCGCGCCGGAGAAGGCGAGCCGGGACGAGGAGGCGACGUACCCGAUGGAGGUGUCGACGAGCAAGGGCAAGGUGGAGCUCCGGGCCGACGACUACGCCGUGUACAAGAGGUGGGUCACCACGGUGACCCACAUGCUCGCCUCCUCCGCCGCCCUCGUCAGCACGCGCCCGCCGAUCACCCGGCGGAACUGACCCCCCCUGCGCGCGCCCCACCUGCGGCCUGAAGUAACAGCGACGCGUGUUGAUCGUGAUCCAUCCGCCGUGUAUUUCAGUUUCACAGCUUGUGUUCGACCCCCUUCCGGCCCCAAGACUGUAACGAAGUUUAAUUAGCCGGUCGCUAGCUGCACGGUCCAGCACCUGCAGCGCCUGGGGCUCGUAGUAUUUCUGCCGCGGAAUGCGUUUCGUUUUGUAAUUUCCUGUUCAAGUGCUAACUAUGCGUUUGCUGAUUCCUUGUUCAA